AUGUAUUCAUUGGCUAAAAUGUUAAACAGAAAGGUUUAUUCAGACGACCAGUUUUCAAAAUCAAUACAGUGUGGUGGUUUUUUAACUCAUUACGAUGGCAAUAUUAAGGAAGAUUUCAUGAAGAAAUGGAACGGUAUAACUCACGUAAAUACUCCGGAGAUGAGGGUGGUGAAUUUAAUACUUUUGAUCUAG